UAGUGAUCAGCAAAACAAACGCGGUAUUAAAAGGAGUGCAAAAACCGUUUGAACGUAACGUUUAGUGGGCUACCACGUCUCACAUAGUCACAUGCCAAUUCCAACCCCCUUUGUCUAAAACGCCACAAGAAAAUAGAAAAGCCAAAAACCUCCUCAUCUUUGGCAAACGUAAACAGAGAGUCUUGGCCACCACUACUAGUCAUAUUUGGCUUUUAAUUCAUCAAUCAUUUGCUUCACGUCACCUAAUAGGCUUUGUACUCCAAGAGCUUUCAUCUGAAGCUCCCUUCAAAACGCCAUAUGAUACAGAAAGAGGUUUUCCCCAAAACCUCAUUUGUUUGUUUGUCGAACUAGCUCCAAGCCAAAAGCAUUCUAAAGCAAACCACAUCCAUGCCAGUGCCACCAUCAUAUUUGAACCUUUUCCUAGUGGUAUAUACUAUAUAUUCACACCCCCCUUACCAUGAACCAUUCCAAGCUCUCUGUCUUGAUCAGCUCCACUCAUAGUAUAAUAGCUUUUGAUCUCAACAGAGCUUCAUAGCAAGAAUGGCACAUUUGGCUCCUCAUCAAUUGGCUUUUGUGUUUGGCAUUCUUGGCAACAUUGUGUCCUUCCUUGUCUACCUAGCACCAAUACCAACAUUUUAUAGGAUUUUCAAGAAAAAAUCAACAGAAGGGUUUCAAGCUAUUCCUUAUUCAGUAGCAUUGUUCAGUGCUAUGCUCAUGCUCUACUAUGCUUUCCUUAAAAGAAAUGCAUUUAUGCUCAUCACCAUUAAUUCCAUUGGGUGUGCAAUUGAAACAAUUUACCUUACAAUGUACGUGAUUUAUGCAUCGAGAAACACCAGGAUUUAUACAAUAAAGCUGCUUAGCCUGUUCAACGUGGGAGCUUAUGGUUUGAUUCUACUUUCUACAUCCUUUAUUCCAAAUCAUUCUGAGAGGCUUGCGGCAGUCGGAUGGGUUUGCGCUGUGUUUUCUGUUAGCGUUUUUGCCGCCCCUCUUGCUAUCAUGAGGCAAGUUAUCAAAACGAAGAGCGUGGAAUACAUGCCGUUCUCCUUGUCAUUCUGCUUAACUCUCUGUGCCGUAAUGUGGUUCUUUUAUGGCCUUCUAAUAAGAGAUUUCUUCGUUGCGACACCAAACAUUCUUGGAUUCACAUUUGGAAUUGUUCAAAUGGUGUUGUACAUCGUCUACAAGGAUGGCAAAAAGAGUGUCUUGCCAGAAUUCAAGCAAGCUGAUUUUUCAAAUGGUGAUCAUGAACUGAACAAAGAGAAGAUUAUAAAGGAGUUAAGUAUUGGAGGUGAACAAAUAUGCAGAGAGAACAUAGAAAGCAAUAGUGAAGCUGUUGGCGAUGAAUCUAUUAUAGUCUGAGCAUACAUAAUGCACUGAAAAUAUGAGGAGCAUCUUACAUUUCUCAAGUAUAUUGGAAUAUAAAGACCAAAGGCAAAAAGCCUAUAAAGCUAGCCCCUACAGGAGGGUACUUCAAACAAAGAGCUAUAUUUAUAUAUAUAUAUAUAUAUAUAAUACAAGAAGGAUUACAUUU